AGAAGGCUUGCAAAAGGUUGAAAAAGAAUCGACAUCUACAAAAGGUUUCCUCAAAGGUUUUGCGACCAGGCAAUGACGCUCACUGCUGUGAUCCGUGCGCAGUUGACCCACGCCCGAAAGCGACUCGUUGGAAAGCUCAAACCCGCCCGCAUAUUGGUGUUGCUUGCACUAAGCUGGAUGUGCUACACGUUCCGCGACCAAUUCUCGAACUUCGCGGCCGAUCGGGUACGCGUGUCCCUCGUGAACCUGCGGGCAGGAGAAAUGGUAAACUUCAAGUUCGCCGACAACGUGACGGGCUACUCAUAUCCAGUGGUGCCCGAUGUCGUCCACUUCGUGUUCCUCGGCAAUACGUCGAUGACCUUGCUGGACGCGAUCUGCGUUCGUGCUGCCUGGCUGCAGAAAAAGCCGCGCAGGCUCAUCCUGCACUGCCAGAACUGCAGCGCGAUCAGGCUGAGCUUCCACUGGGCCCUCGUCGAAAGAAUUCCUGGUCUUGACGUGCGGCAGGUAGAAAUGCCGGAAGCUGUCUCCGACGUCAGAUACAGUGACGCCGAAGAGGUGAGGCCGUUGGUGGCGCUCAGCAUCCUGUUGGCCGAAGGUGGCCUCUACGUGGACAGGGACACGUACCUCCUGCGCCAUGCUGGUGCCUACCGGCGCUACGAGAUGGCUCUGGCUUGGCCUAGCGGUGGUCGUCUCCGCACCGAGAUGAUCGUGGCGCACCGGAACGCUCGCCUGCUGCGAAUGUUGUUCGACGCUUACCGCCGGCUUCUGAGAGAAUCGAGAGGAUACAGGACCGUUGAACUGCUCAGCAGAGUGGGAGGCUUUCUACCGGUCAACGUUUUUUCGAUGCCACUCUUCCACCGCAUACCGGUUACAACGAAAGACGAAACGCCACAGGGGGGCGCGAUCGCACUCGCAAGCUCCGAAACGGCGCGCAUGCUAUACAGCGUCAAAUGCGACUACUCGUGGCGACAUCUGGCGGCCGUGUCACUCAUGAGCGGUUCUGAGGAGCAGCUGCGCGAGACCCGCGGCGAGCCCCCCGUCAACCUCGUGGCGAUUGCCUCGUCCCGCACCAACUUUGGGCAGAUGGCUCGCCUCGCGCUUGGUGGCACAACGGCCAUGGGCGAAACGAGAGUGCGCAACGUCUCGGACAUCGCUGUCCUCCAAUACAGGGAAGACGCGUGCAGUUACUGACCGUGGCAGAAAACGAUGCUUGUGCUGUCAGCUCAACUGUCUGAUGUUGCCGGGGCCUGGGGAAAACACGCGGGCGUCCUCUGCUAAGUGUACCGUGGAGGUAUUCUGACAGUCUCCGCUCCGCAUUUAUUAUUUUAUCAAUGUAAACCUUUUUUCUCGCUAUUUAUUUUUAUACGCAUCACUAAAACUAUCCAUUGAUUCAGCUUCACGUAAAAACAUUAUCUUCCUG